AUGGAAAGAAGUGAAAGAAAUGUAUCUGUUCAAAGAAAUCUCAUGGAUAUUGCUUUUGAAACUACAUCAAACCAACAAACCGGACCCAUGGAAGCAAUGGGUGGUCAGACCAACUCGCCUGUUUGGGAAGGAGCCCCAAUUUCUGACGAUGAGGUUGCUUUUAGCAAUGAGUCGAAUGGCAAAAGCAGUGAUGGUGAUGAAAAUGAUAAUGACGAAGAAAGCAAUGGCGGUAAAGAAAGUGAAGACAAUGAAGAGAAUAUUGUUGAGAUUGAAGUCGAAGAAUUCGAUACUGAAGAUCCUUUUGCCACCCCAAAUAUGCCUGAAAAUCCGGUACACAGGUUCAUUGCUACUUUUGUAGUAAUGUUUGCUUCCUGCUAUGUGGUUAAUAAGGGCGCUGUUGUCUUGAUCGAGUUCAUCAACAAGCUCUUGUCGAUUUACAAGCAGGAUUUCCAAUUGCCUGUGAGUCUUUCUGGUCUCCAAAGCAUGACAGGAUUCUCGGCCAUGACAAAAGGGAUUAAGAGAUUUGUCGUUUGUCAGGAUUGCCACAAGGUGUAUGAGGAAAGUGUACCUGCUCCUUUGAAUUGUGAUUUCGUAAAGCUUGGUGCACAUACCGCCUGUAAUUGCAAAUUAAUGAUCCAAUCAUUAUCUGGUGGUUUGGUCGCAAAGAAGUCUUAUUACGUGGAACGAUCAUUGAUCCCAUGCAUAAUCUUUUUCUGA